AUGAUAAGAAGGGUGAGUGCUCUGAACACUUUCCUCUGUUCCAUUCUCUCUCACUUUCCUCUGUCCCAUUCUCUCUCUCCUCUCUGUUCCAUUCUCUCUCUCUCACUUUCCUCUGUUCCAUUCUCUCUCUCUCUCUCUCUCUCUCUCUUUUCUCUGUCCCAUUCUCUCUCUCUUCUCUGUUCAUUCUCUCUCUCUCUUACUUUCCUCUGUUCCAUUCUUUCUCUCUCUCUCUUUCCUCUGUCCCAUUCUCUCUCUCUUCACUGUUCCAUUCUCUCUCUAUUUCCUCUGUCCCAUUCGCCCCCCCUCUCUCUCUCUCUUUCCUCUGUCCCAUUCUCUCUCUCUUCUCUGUACCAUUCUCUCUCCCUCACUUUCCUCUGUUCCAUUCUCUCUCUCUCUCUCUUUCCUCUGUUCCAUUCUCUCUCACUCUCUCUCUCUUUCCUCUGCCCCAUUCUUUCUAUCUCUCUUUCCUCUGUCCCAUCUCAUUCUCUAUCUUUCUUUCCUCUGUUCCAUUCUCUCUCUCUCUCUCUCUCUCACACACACACACACACACACACACACAUUCCCCUGUUCCAUUCUCUCUAUCUGUCUCUCUUUCCUCUGUCCCAUUCUCUCUGUCUUCUCUGUUCCAUUCUCUCUCUCUUUCCUCUAACCCAUUCUCUCUCUCUCUUUCCUCUUUCCCAUCCCAUUCUCUCUCUCUUUUUCUUUCCUCUGUUCCAUUCUCUCUCUCUCUCACUUUCCUCUGUUCCAUUCUCUCUCUCUCUGUCUCUCUUUACUCUGUCCCAUUCUCUCUCUCUCUCUCUCUCUUUUCUCUGUCCCAUACUCUCUCUAUUCUCUGUACCAUUAUCUCUCUCUCUCUCACUUUCCUCUGUUCCAUUCUCUAUCUCUCUUUCCUCUGUCCCUCUCUCUCUCUCUCUCUCUCUUUCCUCUGUCCCAUCUCAUUCUCUCUCUUUCUUUCCUCUGUUCCCUCCUCUCUCUCUCUCUCUCUCACUUUCCCCUGAUCCAUUCUCAUUAUCUGUCUCUCUUUCCUCUGUCCCAUUCUCUCUGUCUUCUCUGUUCCAUUAUCUCUCACUUUCCUCUGUUCCAUUCUCUCUUUCUCUCUUUCCUCUGUCCCAUUCUCUCUCUCUCUCUCUCUUUCCUCUUUCCCAUCCCAUUCUCUCUCUCUCUCACUUUCCUCUGUUCCAUUCUCUCUAUCUGUCUCUCUUCACUGUUCCAUUCUCUUUCCUCUGUCCUAUUCUCUCUCUCUUUCCUCUGUACCAUUCUCUCUCUCUCUCUCUCUCUCUCUCUCUUUCCUCUGUCCCAUCUCAUUCUCUCUCUUCCCUUUCCUCUGUUCCAUUCUCUCUCUCUCUCUCUCUCUCUCUCUCUCACUUUCCCCUGUUCCACUCUCUCUGUCUCUCUUUCCUCUGUCCCAUUCUCUCUCUCUUCUCUGUCCCAUUCUCUCUCUCUCUCUCUCUUUUCUUCUGUCCCAUCCCAUUCUCUCUCUCUCUCUCUCUCUUUCUUUCCUCUGUUCCAUUCUCUCUCUCUGCAUCUCUCUUUCCUCUGUCCCAUUCUCUCUCUCUCUUCACUGUUCCAUUCUCUCUCUCUUUCCUCUGUCCCAUUCUCUCUCUCUCUCUCUCUCUCUCUCUUUCCUCUGUCCCAUUCUCUCUCUCUUCUCUGUUCCAUUCUCUCUCUCUUCUCUGUUCCAUUCUCUCUCUCUCUCUCUUUCCUUCUUUCUCUCUCUCUUUCUCCCACACACUUGCACACACACUGAAAUCCACACACACAUACAGCAAUCUAUUCCUUGUAAUGUUCUUGCUUUUGUCCUUUCACUUUCUCACAUUUCUUCUCACUCAACAUCAUUCUCUUUCCUCUCCUCCCUGUCUCUCUCCCUGCCUCCUCUCUCUUAACUCCUGA